AGCAGUACAUCAUUCGAGCCACCGGGAAAUUCAUUGCCAAACGGAUAGUAAGCCGAUAAACGACGCAAUAACCAGCUUGGCAACCAGUUCUCAAAAGUAUUCGGCGGUGCAAGGUCUUGGUUUCAAACUCCCGUCAUUUCUUUAGUUUAUAAAAUUUCUUAACAAGUCAACAUAACGGAAAAUGCGCGUAAGAGUAAAUCACUGGUGUUGCGGUUCCUCCCUACAAACUGGUACCAAAAUUCUUGGAUGGCUUGGCUUGAUAGGUGGAUUCUUACAAAUGCUUCGUUUUGCAAUGAUGAUGCCUGACUGCGACUAUCCAGAAACCAAUAUUUGUAUUGGUGUCCUGGUUGGCUUGGUUGUUUGGAACGCAGUCACCAUCCUGGUUUUAUUUUCCGCCCAUAAGAAUAGCAGGCCCAGUCUUAUGUUACCUUGGCUUAUUUGCAAGGCCGUAUUAAUACUUGUAGGUAUUGGCCUAGGAUUAUUCUUGUCCAUAUAUGGAAUGCAAGUCAAUCAAUUGGUUACCUUUGGAAUUGUCUUCUUUUUUGCCUUCGGAUCCGCCCUUGGCAUCUACUUCUGGUUGGUCGUCUAUAGCUACUACCAACAGCUGAAAGAAGAGCUAUCGUCGUCAAAAAAAGACAAAUUUAAAUUUUCCAAAUUCAAUUCCAGUAACGAUGUUUAGUACUAUAGUUUGACGCUGCCAAAUGUGGGUAGUCAACAGAUUUUUGUUUGUUUUUAAAUCAUCUGAUUUUUAUUGGUACAAUGAUUGUAAUCUCUAAGAAAUCCCAAAUUACAAGUAGUGAAAUCAA